GGAACAAGUUAUUAUUUUAAUUAGUUAUUCCGAGAUUGUAUCUUAUGUGAUAAACUCAUCUCAAAUUAAUUCUCUUUCCUUAGUAAAAAUCAGUUGAUGGCACAGGUUUCAAGAAUCUUCGUACAUUAUUUCACUAGUUCAUCUAAACCUCUCUCAACCACUCUUUGUUGACUGUGUAAAGAGAAAUACGAAGCAUCCUCAAACCUAUGGCCGUGUAAUAUAAAUUAUGUUUAGAAAAAUGGAAAAAAAACAGAAAAAAAAAAAGAAGAGAAAGGAUAUGAUUGUGUCACUCUUUUACGCCGCCAAAAGUCAAAAGACUAGUUACAUUUAAUUCCAUUCUUAGGAGUUGAGAAACUCACAAAGUCAACUCACCGGAACUUCAAACUUAGAGUUUUUAUCGGUGAAAUGAGUUGGGGGAUCAACAUAAGAGAAGCAACUAGAAAGAUCGAAGUUGAUCAUCGUAUUCCUCUCAAGUUUUACUAUAAGACUGCUGAUAAUCUUCUCAAACAGGCAAACAUUUAUCGGCAGGAGAACAAUAUCAUAGAUCUGUACAUUCUGCUUCUCAGAUACGCAGGUAUUAUAGCUGAAACUAUACCUUUCCACCGAGACUACAGUGCUUCAAAUCAUACAGAAAAGAUAUCUUACAAAAAGAAAUUACUGGACGUACUUCGUGAGCUGGAAUGUUUAAGACCACAAGUUGAACGAGAAAUUAAUAAAGUGAACAGAGAACAUGCACUGAAGGAACAGAUUCGGUUAAACAAUGCAUCAUCGUCUAGACAGUCGCCUCAUAGUAGAAUGGCUUCCUUAUGGCCAGACAAUAAGCAGACAAGGCAUUCAAGACUGACACUAACUAUUCCGCGCCCUGCUAACCCUGAAGUUGUACCUUCAGCACCACCAAUUGAAAAUUUGAUCAUAGAUGAUGAUGCCCCAUUGCAAUCUGGUUCAGCUGAGUCUAGUUUUGUGGAUUCAUCUUCUUCAACAACGGAGAACUUAUCGAAAAGACAAGACGAAGGAAGUUCUAAUGCUGCUUCAUCCUGUAUUAUAUGCUAUGAAGCCCCAAUAGAGGGGGCUUGUGUACCAUGUGGACAUAUGGCUGGGUGCAUGUCUUGUUUGAACGAGAUUAAAGCCAAAAGCUGGGGAUGCCCUGUCUGUCGCACUAAAAUCGAGCUUGUUUUACGUUUAUAUGCUGUUUAACAAAUGAAGAAGGAUAUAUGUUGAAGUAAAUGUGUUUAGAAUGAC